UACAUUAGGUUGUACAGCCUUGUCUAAAUAGCACCUCUGUGGAUCCACACAUGGAUGCUACAGGGAGCCUCUGGGUUUGGGACAGCAACUCUUGCCAACUGCUUGGAAUCAAGUCUUGUGUUACAUUUAUACGUUCUUCUUCACUCUGUAGCUGUUUGAUGACAAAUCUGCUUGCUCUGUUUUUCAUCCAGCUUGGUUCAUAGAAGUGAUCUGAGAGGGCAGGGAUGUCUCAGAACAACACUGGCAAAGAAGCUCCUGCCGCCCCCCCAGACGAGUGCCCUGUGUGUUACGAAACAUUUCAGUCUCCAAAAGUGGCCCGCCGGAUGCUGAGCUGCGGCCACACAUUUUGCCAUGACUGUUUGGUCAAGUGCCUGCUGUCCCAUGAAGAAGGGUACCUGCAAAAUAGCCUUACGUGUCCCAUCUGUCGCUUUGUGACCUUUCUCUGCAAUAAAAAGGACUGCUGGCCUUCCAAGCCAGCCCUGACCCCAUCCUCUUUGGAGUUGCCUCUCUCACCUUCCUCGUUGCCACUCACCUGUGGAGUGCCACAUGGCUCUGCAAAUACUUUGGUGGUUCCUGGCCAUUUCCUCUUGCCGCUGCACAAUUAUGGCAGACAACAAGGUUCGCAGAGGUAUCCUAUUGUGGACUCCAUUGUACGGCCCAGUGGCCUGGAAUGUGAAUCUCAUAUCUUCAUUAUUACUCAGUGUGGAAUGCCACUAAUGGAAGAGGAAUAUAUUACCAUAGCUCAAGAUCACGGAGAAGCUGCUGAAUCAGAAGCAUCACAAACAUGUCCUGGAACGGGCUGCUUCCAGUCACCUAUUAUGAUGGCUGUUUUCCUUAUCUCUGCUGUGGCUCUGUUGGGGGCUGUACUUCCCUGGCUUCUGCUUGUAAGAAAUAAUGAAUGA